AUGGUUAACAGUCACAUUAGGACAUACAUGCCAUAUCCCCCGUCGGGGGAAAAAUUCCCCGGAAUUCCGACCCAUCCCCUGGUCCCCCUUCUCGUCAGCUGUUUACUUAAUAUCGCGCUCGGACAAAGCGUGAACGAGGAUAAUGUUCGGUCGAAGCCUUUUGAGGAGAGACUCAGUCGAUUAGAGGAGCUAGUUGAUAUCCAGUCACAGACAAUUGCGGAACUGCGGGAGGACAAUACUAACCUAAGGGAGACAUGUCUCAACUCUGCACUUGCGUUGGAAUCGCCACAUCUGUCUAGAAGAUACAGUUAUGAACAGGUUGCGUUUUACGCCUACCUCAGCCAGGGUAAAUGCUACAAUGUACACGAGACGUUUAUUUUCGACAUUGAGGUGCUAAACACCACCGACAGUUACUCCAUUCAUGAUGGCAUUUUCAUCGUCCCGACCAAUGGGGUCUACGCUUUCUCGUUCAAUGUUGUUCCUGAUUUCUGGCAUUAUACGCAGGCUGAGCUGGUGGUUAACGGACAGGUGAAGGCCAGAGUCGUUGGAGACUCUCAGGAAAAUCACGAUAUUCACCCUGCUUCAUCCACGACCGUCCUUGCACUACAGAACAAUGACCAUGUCUACGUCAAACAUAACCUCAACGAGAGCGAUCAAGUUCAAGCACCCACUCAACAACGAGAGCGAAAAGGGCAAGGACCCACUCAACAACGAGAGCGAUCAAGGUCAAAGCCCCACUCACCAACGAGAGCGAUCAAGGUCAAAGACCCACUCACCAGCGAGAGCGAUCAAGGUCAAACAGACACUAAACGAUAG